AUGUCUUGGCAGGAACAGAAUCUGCCUGCAGCCUCGGUCAGCGACUCGAUCUUGUCAGGAGUUCUUCGCUUCUCCCUGGAUGACGGCGUGAUGCUGUGGCGCGAUCUGAAGGUGUGGCAGGUCUUUGGAGCCAAUACCAAUGUCGGCAAAACCAUUGUCUCGACGCUGCUGUGUCGAGCUCUACAGACUCCGGACCAGCGAGUGCUGUAUUUGAAGCCCGUCUCUACGGGGCCAAGGAACGAGGAAGAUGUAGGACACAUUGACACGUUUGUGCCUGGGAUUGUUUCGAAGAAUGUCUCGCAAUUCUCACGCCCAUUGAGCCCGCAUCUGGCUGCUCAAUUGGACAAAGAUCCAUCGAUCCCAAGGUCAGACGCCUCAAUCUUGUCCAGAGUCAAGGAUAUUCUGGGAAAGCACAUCGAGGCAGGCGGCCGAUAUGCUCUCGUGGAAACAGCUGGCGGUGUUCUCUCCCCUGGUCCUUCUGGUACCGUUCAAGCCGACCUGUACAGACCGCUGAGACUCCCUACCAUCCUCGUCGGAGACAGUAAGCUAGGUGGAAUCGCAACUACCAUCUCGGCCUUCGAGUCUCUGCAUGUCCGGGGCUUCGACGUUGACUCGGUCGUGCUAUUCGAUGAUCCGGAAUGGGGAAACUUCGGGUACCUCAACGAGUAUUUCCAGAAGCACGGCAUCACGACGUUUGCCCUGCCAAAACCACCCGAGAAGCAUCAAGAUGGCGAAGAAGACAAGCGCGCACUCUCGAGCUACUAUGGCGGCUGGUCGAAGACGGGUGGUGCCCGAAACCUGCUUGACCUGCUCAAUCAAAAGCAUUUCUCACGGAUCUCCAAGCUGACGUCGAUGCCUUCACAGGCGGAGGCGGUGAUAUGGCAUCCCUUCCGCCAGCACGGAAUACCACACAACAUCAUCGCAAUCGACUCGGCAUACAAUGAUCAUUUCCAAACCUACAACCAAGAAUCAGAUCCAGCGCUCAAAGAGACCAAAACUACUUCGACCUUUGGACUUACUCCGCUUGCCGCACAGCCAACCCCUAAAUCUCUGCUGACACCUCUCUUCGAUGCAUCUGCGUCAUGGUGGACACAAGGUCUCGGCCAUGGCAAUCCCAAUGUUGCUUUGACUGCAGCCCACGCGGCAGGUCGCUACGGCCAUGUUAUGUUCGCACAUGCUGUUCAUGAGCCCGCUCUCGACAUAUCCUACAACCUCCUGACAACUCUGCAAAAUCCACGUCUGAGUCGAGUCUUCUUCACCGAUAACGGUAGCACGGGGAUGGAGGUCGCUGUGAAAAUGGCGUUGCGGGCCUCCAGCCAGCGAUACGGAUGGGCCAAGGACGAUGAGGACGGCAGGCAUCCCGUGGCGAUUCUGGGUCUGAAGGGUAGUUAUCACGGUGACACCAUCGGCGUGAUGAACUGCUCCGAGCCCAGCGUGUUCAAUGAAAAGGUGGACUGGCAUCAACCCUGGGGCCACUGGUUUGAUCCGCCUUCUUUGCUGAUGCGGAAUGGCGUUUGGGAACUCACACUACCGGAAGAGAUGCAUGCCGCAACCAGCACUCAGAAGUUUGACUCUCUCGGCGCUCUCUUCGACUUUGAUGCCCGGGUGGAGGACGCAAAACGAUACGAGUCCCACAUUACCACGACACUCGACCAUCUUGUCCGCGACCAAGGCAGGCGAUUCGGUGCUUUGAUUCUCGAGCCCAUCAUCAUGGGAGCCGGGGGGAUGAUCUUCGUCGACCCUCUCUUCCAGAGGACGCUCAUCAAAACCAUUCGAGCAAAUCCUUCUCUGAUUGGAGCCGGUGGUCCAACGAAGCAGUUCUCCGAGCGUAGUCCCCAAGACAGCGAAGACGCUGUAGAGUGGUCCGGACUCCCUGUGAUCGCCGACGAAGUCUUCACCGGCCUCUACCGUCUCGGCCGCGCCAGCUCGUCGUCUUUCCUGUCUUGUCCGUCCGACUUUGGCGAUGCAGCCUCUCCAUCCACGGUCUCGAACUCCACCCAGCUAGCCCUGCCGCCCUCCCUCGCGCCCGACAUCUCCGUGCACGCCAAGCUCCUGACCGCCGGACUCCUGCCCCUGGCUCUCACGACGGCAAGCGAAUCCAUCUUCCGGACGUUCCUCUCCGACUCAAAAUCCGACGCACUCUUGCACGGCCACUCCUACACGGCCCACCCCAUCGGGUGCAUGGUUGGCAACAAGGCCCUGGACGAGUAUCGACGGAUGGACACGAGCCGGGACGGGAGUUGGAGCCGCUUUAAGAGUGCUUGGUCAGGGCCUUCCGCUUCCACCUCUGCCUCUGCACGCCCUGCCAGCUCAGCCAGCUCAGCCGAGAUCUACUCCUUCUUCCCACCGUCCCCCCUCCAAGAACUCUCCCACCACCCCCGCCUAACCGGCUGUUUCGCGCUGGGCACCGUCCUCGUCCUCAAAAUGGCCGCCCCCCACGGUUCCACAGGCGGCUACACGUCGACGGCCUCGGCAGACCUCCAGUCGCGUCUUCUGACCUUGUUGGACGACGACGGCUGCGGGAUCCACUCGCGCGUCUUGGGCGAUGUCAUCUACUUCAUGACGAGUUUGACCACGACGCCAUACCAGGUCGGACGGUUGGGGAGGACGCUGCUAAAGGCGUUGAAUAUGGAGUCUUGA